AAUCACAGCGCAGCAUCCCUGUCAGCCAAUCAGCUGCCUGCGUGGUGAUGUCAUGCAGCAGAGAGGUGCUGAAGCUGAGCUGCAGAUCUUCAGAGCUUCAGAGACGACCAGCAUCACUGCAGGGAACAGACUCUACCUCACCACAGUGUCUUUGACAGGAAACAGCAGCACAAUGACUCUAGCAGCGUACCGAGAGAAGCUGAGAGAGCUCCCCCUGGUGUCUCUCUUCUGCUCCUGCAUCCUACCCAGAAUCACGGAGGACAAGAAGGAAGCGGGCGUGGUGGACUUGAACCUGUGCAACAUCCGGCACAUGGAGGUGAUCGAGCUGAGCAAGCGUUCGAGCGGCCAGGCCUUCGAAGUCAUCCUGAAGCCGCCAACGUUUGACGGCGGCCCCGAGCUGAGAGCAACCACACCCCCCCGCCAGAAGCCCUCUCUGGAGGAGAUCCAGAAGAAGCUGGACGCCGCCCAGGAGAGGAGGAAGGUGGGUGGAAUAACAUCACAUUAGUUCUCCAACUCAUUUAGUUUGACCCCUUUAAGAGUGCUUUGAGCUUAAUGCUGACACGAUCACAAUAGCGUGUUUCCAGAAAUGUAUUUUUUGAGGAAACGUAUUAGAAAAGUCGAUGAUAACUGCAAAGAAUGAAAAUGUGGAAAGUGUUAUUUGCGAGACUCGAUGCUAUAUUUGCAGAAUAAGUUGUGACAUUGAAGUCACA